GAAAAAUAUCAAACUUUUUGUACAAUAUGUGUUAAAUAAGUAUAUUUUAAGAAUAGAAUAGUUUAGGUGUUAGUUAUUAUGAUCCUAAAUAAAACAGAAUAUUCUGUUACUAGAUAAAUAUACUAAAUGAGGAAGAACAUAUAUAAAACCUUUUUUUAUAGUUUGAUAAUAUAUAUGCUCUAAUAAUACCAUUAAAUUUUAAUGAAAACUUAGUUUAAAGUGUAAUAGAAAAAUAUUUUUUAACACAAAACAGACAUUUGAAUAUUCAAAGAGUCUUAAAUUGUGAAUAUAAUUUUGAAAGUUGCAUAAAUAAAAUCUUGUAAUUAAAUUUUGAUAAAGAUUUAAAUUAAUCGCUUUAAAAUAGCCAAGAAAUGACAAUCAGUAAAAACUAACAAUCAAUAUCAUUACAAUGUGAUGAGAACUUCAAAAAUCGAAACAAUAAAAAAUAUCUAACUCUUUGCUAAUAAAUAGACAUAGAGUAAAAAAACUUAAUAAAAUCAUUAGGUGGGUUAUUAUGCUUCCUGUUCAAUAAUUAGAUUAUUAAUUUGAAUUAUUCGUUUUUUGACAUAGUAUUUCUUAAAAACAUAAAUAAUUAAAUACAUUACAAUCAAUACACUCUAAGUUAUUUGAAUAUAUUUAAAGAAGACAUUCAUCCAUCAAUGAUUAAAGGUAAAGGUUAAGCUAAAGAAGGUUUUUCUUUGUUUUUACUAUUCUCAAAAUUUGUAUACACUAAAUUAGGACUGAUUAAAUUAAAGCACCUAUUUUUAACUCCUUCAUUUGAUUUGAAAACUCUAUAAUUAAGAAAUCAGUCAAUAGAUUUUUUUUAUUCUUAAUCUGGAGAAAGCAUUAAGAAAAUUAAACUCAACCUCUAAAAGUGUUCAAAUAUUAAAAAAGUUCUAAGUAAAUUGAAAUAAGUACAAAUGAAUUUUAAUGAUUGGUAUAGCUUUAAAAUUACGCUGCAAAGCACAUUAAACAUAAUGUAAUUAUUUUUAAUAUAAAAUGAAAUACUUAAAAACCGAAAACUUUUAGUAUUUCAGAAUCUAUCAGAUUAUUUAUUUUAAGAACUACAAAAAUUGAAUUCUUUUUUAGAAAAAUAUCUAUUGUUCUCACCAAAAGAUGGUGAAAUUAUGAUAAGAGAAGGUAUAGUAUAAGAAUUAGAUGAUCUUUUAAAAAUAUAUGAUAAUUUAGAUGAAAUUUUAAGUUAUUAUAAUAGUUAAGAAAUAAUUAAACUGACUAAUAAUAAUUCGAAUUUCAACUCUUAGAUGAUGAUUUAAUAUUUUCCAUAACUAGGAUUUUUCAUAACUAUACAAAACUCUAAUUAAUUCAAUAAUCAAGUAUAGGUCGAUGAUAAGGUUAACUUCUCUUAAAAUAAAAGCUAUCAGGAUCAGUAAAACAAUUAUUCAUUAGAAUAAGAUUGCUGUGAAAAUUCAAAAGAACAAAAACAGAAUGCUUUGAAAAGUGAUAAAAGUUUUUAUCAGGAUGGGAAAUAAUUAGAUGACGAUGAAGUUGAGGAAAAAUAAAAUUAAAGCUAGUAAAAUUUAAAAAGAACCAGGAGCAGUAAUAGUCUUUCUUCUAAAAAUUAAGGAAUAGAAAAUUCCUAGAAUUUAUAAUAAUAAUACUGUUUAACUAAUGACUACUCUUACUGUUUCACACUAUAAGAUGCUCUUUUAUUUAAAAACGAUUUAUGUAACUAACUAGAUUUAAAAUAUGGAGAUAUUCAAAGCAGAAUAAUUGAUAUAUAAAGAGAUAUAGUAAGAGAAAUAGAACAAUAAAUUUUGUUAUACAGUGAAGAAAUAAAUGCAGCUUAAGAAUUUAUAAGCGAUCUAGAUCUUUUUUUUUGUUUGUAUCAAGCUGCUGAAGUAUAUAAUUUAAGAAAACCUAAACUUACAAAUGAUUCUUCAUUAGUUUUUUAAGAAAUGAGGAAUAUAUUAACAGAAAUAACAAUAGGUGAAAAAUAAUUUAUUUCUAACAGUUUUUGUGUUCACAAUUUUGCUCAAUAUAUGAAGAACUAAAAAAUAUAAACUAAUAAUUUUUUAGAUUCCUAGUUUAGUAAUAGAUUUACAUUUAUAACAGGUCCUAAUUAUGCAGGCAAAAGUGUUUUCUUAAAAAGUAUCGGAAUGAUUACCUAUCUUGCUCAUAUUGGUAGCUUUAUUCCUUGCAGAUUUGCCAGAAUAGGAAUGAUAGAUAAUAUUUUUGUAAAUACUUGCUAACAUGAUUCAGUUCUAAAAUUCAAUGGAGAGUCAGCAUAGCAACUUUAAUUCAUAAACUACAUUUUAAACUAAGCUACUAAUAGAACUUUAAUACUCAUAGAUGAAUUCGGAAAAAAUUUCAGGCUUAACGAUAGUUUAAAUUUAAAUUACUCCCUAGUUAAGUGCUUGACAGAAGAUACAUUCUAAGGUUUAAAUGAAAAAAUAACUUAAAAAUAACAUCCUUCUUUGUAAUAAGAAGAUAAUGAUUAAAACAUUUUUUAUUAAUAUUAAACUGAUAAUUCUUAAGUGGAAAAUAUUGAUGAAAUAAAAUAGUAAAAUUUGAGAGGUUUGAAUGAGUUUCAGUUUAUACAUUAAGACAUUUAAAAUGUUAAUUUAAUGGAACAAUACAAUAAAAUUCCUAUCACUCUGAUGGCAAGCCACUUAAGUUAGCUUGUUAAUUUGUGUGGACUGAGAGAAAACUAUAUAAUUAGAUUUGCAUAAAUGGAAGUAUUAAUAUAAUAAGGAAAAAAUGUUUGCAAACUUAAUGAAUUAAAGGAGAAUAUUAAUGCUAUGCAGAAGAUUGUUCAUGUAUAUAAACUAAAUAAAGGUUUAUCCUUAAAAAGUUGCUCCUCAUUAGUUGCUAAGAAUAUUUUCAGAGAUAAUGAAUAUCUUAUUCAUAGAAUUAAUGAAAUAAAUUAAUUUAUUUUAGAAGGAAAAUUUUAAGUCUCGCCAUAAUAAAAUGUUGAAUAAAUUCAUCUUGAAAAGGUUUAAAAAGUUAUAAAUAUUUUAAAUUCUUUGAAAGAGUAAUAAAUUUAAUGAAUUUAUAAAUUAUUUUUUUGUUGAAUAUCCUUUUUUGUAAUUGUUUUAUUAUUUCAUUUUUUAACACUAUUAUAAAUAUUAUUUAAUUAAUUAAAUAAUAUUAAAUUUGUAGCUAUAAAUUUACCAAUA